CUGGAUUGUCUGGUCCAGACUCGAUUAUUUACAGACCGUCACCAUAUUGCUGGAGUAUUGCAGAGUGCGGCGUUAAUCUAAGCUCACACGUCCUAUUUUUACGUCUGCAAUUUCUGUUGUGUUGGGUAGCCCAGUGGUAAAGUGUUCGCCCGAUUUCCCAUAUGGGUGUAAUGUGUGACGCCUAUUCUGGUGUUCCCCAAAUGUGAUAUUGCUGGAAUAUUGCUGAAAGCUGCGUAAAACACACACACUCAUUCACUCAAACAUGGUGCGCCUUCUUACACUUCUUAUCACAUUACGGUGAUAAACAACUAAACAAGGACAGGUCGUUUCAGAGUUAGGGUGAGGUAUUCAUGGUUUACUGUGGCAUGCGUAAUCAGUUGGCUUGCACUAUAACACCGACAUAAAUCUGGACUACCAUAAGCAGUCACACACGUACAGCACGUGUUCGUUCACGUUAUACCCUGUCUCACAAAUGCACGUUACAUUACUCACUCACUAUAGAGAAUACAUGCUAUCUGAAUCACACAGUUGUGUUAUCAAUAUUUUCUUUUCAUUUCUGGUACACACUGGACCUUUGAAAUGGUCUCCAUGCUACUGAAUGGGAAUGCUGAGACAAUCCAAAAGUUCAAGGGAAAGAACCAGCUCGAAUUUAGGACAAGCGACCAACUGGCUUGUCUGCCCUCACCACGUGUCAUCAAUACUCACAUGAAUCUGUCUCUGGCGCCAACACAGCUUAGAAAAAAAAAAGCAAGAUAAUUUACAACGUCAGAGACCCAAAAGAUGUUGCUGUGUCUCUCUACAAUAUAUACCUUGGAGGAGGAACUGGAGGAUACACUGGGAAGUUUAAGGACUUCCUCCAUCUGUUCUAUGAAGGAAAAGUUGACAGCAAUGGGAUGUUUGAAAACCUACGUGAUGCUGAAAAGUUCUUUGGUGAAAACCCUGACAUCCCAGUACACUUUCAGAUUUACGAGGAAACCAUGAAGGACCCCGUUGCAGCAGUUAAGGCUCUGUCUGAUUUCGUCGGACUACCCAGAAACGACGAUCUGUGUCAUGCUAUUGCGGAGAAGUGCACCUUUGUGAGGAUGAAAACAGACAAGGACCAAUAUGCAAUGAAAUCAAAUGGAAAAAGCUACUUGUUCAGGAAAGGUACAGUUGGAGACUGGAGGAACUGGUUUACGGAAGAGAUGUUGGAGGAGUACUACCGCGUGUAUGAUGAGAAAAUGGCGGGUUCCCGGUUUUACGACAGAUAUGCAAAGCACACGACACAAUAGUUUGUUGGUUUGGUGUUUAACGCCGCACUCAGCAAUAUUCCAGCUAUAUGGCGGCGGUCUGUAAAUAAUAGAGUUUGGACCAGACAAUUCAGUGAUCAACAGCA